AUGAACGAAUUAUCCAGGAGGAAAUUCUCGAAUUUAUAUGGAGAAGAAAUGAAUAAUUCAGAAGCCAAAAAACUUCAUAAAGCAAUUAACCAAAGAAGAAACGAUACUAUUUUGCAAAGAAAUAUAAAGAUGGGCCUUACCGAAUGGAUAAGAGUAGCUUUUGGCCACGUGUCUAAGUUAAUAUUGAAAUUUGAGAGUAUUCGCAAUAAUGUGGUACGCAAGGCACAUAAGGCAUUACAUCCUGAUAAAUCUAAAAUGGUUGAGAAAAAUCUAAGCACUACAAGUAGAGUCUCAGAAAACAAUUUACUGAAUUAUGUCGAAAGUUCUCUUCUUAAAUUAUAUGCGGUUUGGCAAGAAAUUGGAUUUGAAGAAGGUGUGAUAGAAGAUCGAUCAUCUCAGGUUUUCAAGCAUUUUAAAGUCAUACUAGAUCGAAUGAUCGUAGAAGAAGGACAGUUGAAAGAGCACUACAAAAAUAAAUCUCAAGAGUUAACUAAAAAGAUCUCAAAGCUCUGUCUUUUAUUAGGGCAUGAGCCAUUUAAACUUGAAUGCAAUCUUAAUCUUAUAGAAAUGAAUGAUAAUUUAUCUUUAAAAUUUGAAAAAUUGUGCACAGAAAAAGCUACAAGAUUAGAAGAGGUUAUUGAAUUGAAAAAACAUGAAGAAAAAUUAUGUAAAUGUAUGGAUAUUAAGCCACAUAAAUUAGUUCACGAGAUUCCUACAAAAGAAGAAUUGCAAGAAUUUAAAAUUUUUAUUAAAAAAAUGGAAGAUGAGAAAAGUACACGCAUUUCUACAUUUAAUAUUUUAAAACAAUCCAUUCUUGAAUUGUAUAAAAUUUUGGAAUAUUCACCAAGUGAUCCAUUAGAAAAGCAAAUCAAAGAUGUGGAAGUUGAAAAUUUUAUAUUAAGCUUAGCAAAUAUUAAAGAUUUGAAUGAUAUUCUAGAAAAUCUAAAAUUUCAAAAAAUUGAAAGAGAAACAAAAUUAUCUACAAUAGUUGAAAAAUUAAAAGAAUUAUGGCAGAGAUUGGACAUUAGUGCCAAUCAUCAAAACAUUUUUUUAGCCAAAUAUAAUAAUAUCAAACUAACAACUUACAAAGAGAUUGAAAAUGAAUAUGAUAAAUGUCGAGCUACCUUAAAUUCCAACCUUGAACUCUACAUCGAAAAAUUAAGAUGGGAGUUAAAAGAAUUAUGGGAAGAAUGUUAUGUGCAAGAGGAAGCAAAGGCAUCUUUCCCUCAUUUUUAUUCAACGGAAUAUUGUGAUACCCUAAUUGAACUUCACGAGCAAGAGAUACAAAAAUGGAAAAAAUAUGCAAUAGACACUCGCAAUAUUAGAGAACUGAUACAAGAAAGAAAUGAUCUUUGGGAUAGAAUGAUUCAUAUGGAACAUCAAGCAAAAGAUAUUAACAGGUUUAAAAAUAGGGGAGGGAAUUUGUUGCAAGAAGAAAAGGAACGCAAAAGAGUAGCCAUCAAAUUGCCAAAAUUGGAAUAUCAGAUAAACAGCAUCAUAAACGAAUGGGGGAAAACUCACUCGAAAACAUUUUUGUACCACGAUACUACUUUCCUGGAUUUCAUACAACAACAAUGGGCUCAGUACUAUUAUCACAAAGAGCAGGAAAAGGAAAAUAGGAUCAAAGCUAAGAAAGAAGCAACGAAACUAGAAAUGACUUAUGGUACGAAAUCAGUUACCCCCUAUAGUAGUUCUAAAAUGGGUAGUAGAUUGAACAAUAUGUACGGUAGCAGUUAUGUUAAUAGCUUCUUACUCGGUACUUCUAAUAUGAGCAAGAUCAAAAAGUUUUCUACUACCAAUCUCAAUUCUUCCAAUUACAAAUUUCAGCACAGCAGUCUCAAGAAUUUACAGAAUAGGCAAGUUAUUAAUCGUUACAAAAAACGUUCCUCGCGUAUAUUAAGGGGACACAACAAUCCUAGAAUAUCAAAAAAGUUAGCCGAACAGAAAAUGUCUAAACCAUCUGGCAUGAGUACUCCUUGUUCGAGAAUGGAUAAUGAUGCCUAUUUACAUGGCAUAACGGCUUCGGCGCCGCCUAAGGACAAAAAUUUUGUACCUAACAAACUAUUUGAAAACAGUGUUUCGACUGUCCAUCAACAGUUUUUAACCACUAACUAUAGAACUAAUCUCGGAAUUUCGCCACUAGUUAAUUCAACUAACAAAAAAAAGUCUCCAUUCUCUAAAAAAAUUCAGCUACUUGAUUCUCCAGAAAGGCGCUUGGCACCUGUAACCCAUACCAUCCCUCGUAAAAAAUUGUUCACUGGCCCAUCUCCUUAUCAAUCUAGCAAGGCCUUGAAUAGUCAAACAAAACUAUUGCUUAAUACUAAUUGUAAGAGUGCAAAAAAGGAUGAAACUAAAGGAUUGCUUAAAUUGAAACAUAUGGGUGGUAAAGAAAAUUAUGAUAAAGAUCAUGUGCAAAGGAAAGUUGAGAGGCUUGCAAAAAGUCGCAAGGAAAUGACUCAGAUUCAAGAGAACAAUACCAUGACAGAAUCUUACACCAAUUUCACGAGCGGUCUAGAUAAAAAAGAAGCUCCUUUUUGCCACAGCAGUCAAAUGGAAGAUUUUGAAGACACAGAUCCAUCUUCUAAAGAUACUCCGCUUUAAUGACAUGCUUUAAAAUUUGGUCGAUAGUUUUAAUUCAAUACUCGUUUUGUUGAAAAAGAGAUUAGAAUGACAAAUUAUGCUGAAUCAUUACAUCAUAUAUUUUUAAUUCCUGUAUUUAUAA